UUGGUUGUUCAUUUGGUGUCUGAAGACUGAAAAGUAUUUGUAUUUUAGCGUACAUCAGAAUUUUAUUGGUUGUUCCAAAUUUUUCGAAAAUAACUAUUAAAAAAUGGCUUCUGGAGUUACUGUUUCGGAUGUAUGCAAGACAACAUAUGAGGAAAUAAAGAAGGACAAAAAACACCGCUAUGUUAUUUUUUACAUUCGCGACGAAAAGCAAAUUGAUGUUGAAACCGUUGGCGAUCGCAACAGUGAAUACGACCAGUUUCUAGAAGAUAUUCAAAAGUGUGGUCCGGGAGAGUGCCGGUAUGGCUUGUUUGACUUUGAAUACAUGCAUCAAUGCCAGGGCACAUCUGAGAGCUCUAAGAAGCAAAAACUGUUCCUUAUGUCUUGGUGUCCCGACACUGCUAAGGUAAAGAAGAAGAUGCUGUAUUCUAGCUCUUUUGAUGCUCUUAAAAAAUCAUUGGUAGGAGUUCAAAAGUAUAUACAAGCUACCGAUUUGUCAGAAGCUUCCCGUGAAGCUGUGGAAGAAAAGCUUCGAGCAACUGAUCGUCAAUAAACCGCAAAAUCAUGUUUCUGUGCAAUGCAUUUAAUAUGAAAAAGCGUGCAUGAAAAACCAUGGUUUUUGUAUCCGGUCAAAGUCGCCAAUUUGUAAGAACAUUUUCUACAUAAUUUGUAUUUUCAGUAUAAAUAAAGAAAAUUAAUUUAAAA